GUUGCAUGUUAUAUACUUCUUUCAAAAUUUGCAGUCUUUUAUGAGUAUUCGUUAAAAUUGUAACAGUUGUAGAGCAAAAUGCCUGAUGAAAGGAAGCUUACAGGCGCUAUUCCAGUUAGGAAUAAAAAAGGAGAGCGUGUUAUGCAAAAAGUUAAAGUUGAGCGUUAUAGAGCUGGUAUAAAGCCUGACUUCGCUUCAGCCUCAGAUGUGUCUGAAGAUGAAGACGCCUUUGCUGACGUUAAGCAACCAGAAGAGAUUAUUUUAAAAGAGGAAGAAAUAUUAAGUGAUCGUCGUUUAAAACGACUAACAAAGAAGAAAGAGUUAAGCCGUGUUACUGAUCUUGCUCGAGUUGUAGUGCAAAGAAGGGAAAUUUCUGAUGGCUUUAGAAGGAAAAGGCACGAACCUGAGGUCCUUAUUGUAGCUGAAGCUGGCGAAGAAUUGGAUCGAACUAAAGAAAAUGAAAAAGAUUUAAAAGAGAGCUCAGAUAAUAAUAUAGAAGUUUUAGCCGAGCAAGAAGACGAUGAAAAACUAUUAUUGAAGAGGAAGUUAUUAAAAGAAAAGUUAUUGCAACAAGAACUACAAGAACUUCCCAUCGAGGAUGACAAAAGCGAAGCUGAAGAAUCUUCGGAGUACGAAGAUGUAACUGACAGUGAGAUAGAAGAUGAACCUAUGUUGAAGCCCGUGUUUGUUAAAAAAAGUGAGCGCUCUACAAUUUUGGAUAAGGAAGUAGAAGUUUUGAACGAAGAAGCAGCCAGGCAAAAAGAGGCACUUCUUAAGGAAAGACGAAAACAGCAAGCCAUUGCUUUGGUGGCGAAAGCAGCUAAGCAAGAGCUCGAAGUAAAAUCUGAAGAUGAAGGAGAAGAAAAUGAAGGUGAUCUGAGUGACGGUGACGGAGAUGAGCAAGAAGAGUAUGAAAAGUGGAAAGUUCGAGAACUUGCUAGGCUUAAGCGUGAUAAAGAAGAAAGAGAAGCGCUGCUUGCUGUUCAGCUGGAAACUCAAGAAAGGCGAAAGACUAUGACGGACGCCGAGCUUAUCAAGGACAGACUUACUCACCAGAAUCUUCGGCCGAAAGGGACUCUCAAGUACCUUCAAAAGUAUUACCAUCGGGGCGCUUUUUUUGUGCAAGACACGGACGAAACGAUUUACAACCGCGACUAUACUGCUCCGACGGGUGAAGAUCUUUUCGAUAAGACAAUCCUCCCAAAAGUGAUGCAGGUGAAGAACUUCGGGCGCUCUGGCAGAACGAAAUGGACCCACUUGACAGCAGAAGAUACCACGAACUUUGAUUCUCCUUGGCUUCAGAUCUCUGCCAAUUCUAAUAAACUGAAGAGUAAAAUGGGCGGCAUGAAGCAGGAUUUUUCUAGACCGUCUUCAAAGAAGAAGAAAAGCUCGUUGCUUAAAUAAGAAUUAAUUUUUGACACCUUUAAACAAUCCACUGGAGCCGGCCCUCACCAUGUUCCAUCUCGUGCUAUACGUCGAGAUUUUCUCCUUUAAAUAAGCGUGCUUUUUUAAACUUUGGGGCUUACUGAUUUCAUUUUCUUAUAAAU